GCCAUUGAAAUGGAUUAUCAGUCAAAGAUGGCGGACAUCGAGCGACAGUUGGAUCAGUCGCGCGGUGACAGCGAUCUGAGGCAUAAGUCGCUCAUUGAAUCUCUCGAUGAGAAGCAACGGCUCGUCGACGCCCUCCGCGAAGACAAGGAGGCGCUGGAGUCGCGGCUCAGACAGUGUUUGACACAAUUGGAUGCGUCGAAGGCGGUGUCGCAGUCGCUCGAAUGCGAGAACAAAGCGAUCGAAACGCGGAUCAAAGCGCUGGAGGAGUCGAGUGCCGGCCAUCAGGAGAUCCGCGAUAACCUCUCGCGACAGCUGUCGAUCUGCGAGUCAAAGCUGUCGGCGUCCGAGCAGUCGGUCGAGCACUGGAUGCUCGAUCAUGAACAGGAGUUCCGUCACAACCGUCUUCGGCAGCCAUCUCUUGUGGCCAUCGAUUCGAAGCAACAGUUGUCUCACGUUAUCGAAGACUAUGAGAGCUCUCGAGGAAACGGACCGAUAGUUAGACACCUCUUGUGGUAA